AUGCUCAGCCAGAGUCUACGACGCUGGCCUGUCAAGGCCGAUUCACGCCCUCCGCCGCCGCCGGAUGCCCAUUUCCAUAGCCACCCACGGCGACCCAGAUACCACCCUUUUUCUCCCUGGAUACCUCGCCACCCCACUGGCCGCCAAUUCCCGGCCGCUGAUUUUAACCAGGCGUCUAACAGUUCUGACCAUUUGUCUCACAGUUCCGGCAAGAAGGCUUUGAAUGUCGAUUCCCCGGCCUUCACGCCCUCCACUCAGCAGCAGACAGCUAAGAAAUCGACGUUUUCGUCCCAGGCCGCCAGUGCCGCCCCCUUUACCCCCAGAGGGGCCAGUGCUGGCAUGCUAGCGACUCCAUCUUUGCAACAAAAUGUUGAGGCUCCGGUGUUCAAUCCAGCGACGGUCAGGGAGUUCACGCCGCAGAACUACGACCUAGCCAACUCGGCAUCUCAGAAUAGCGCCGCGCAGGACACCACUUAUUCAACUGAUCACUUUACCCUGGGUUCUAUGGCCCAAGCACUUCCCUCGACGCCGUACAAUCCCUACGCGGGGGAGCACAGCGGCAUUGCUAAUGCGGGCGCUACGUAUUUCCAGUCUCACGGCGGGUUCGGCACGCCGCUGCAACCUCCCCAAUACCACCUCUAUGCGCCUAUCGGGCCUUACCGCGAGGAACUACUGCCUUACCAGAGAGCCGCCAGCGAGUUUUUCCUCUCGGACACGCUUCGUGAAGAGUUGCAGAAGAAAGCCCACGCGACUCUCCAAGUGAUGCCUAACACCGCCCUGCCACAACUGGACAGAUACCACUCGUUGUUUCCCCUGGACACCAGCAACCGCAAGAACACGACUAUAUUCGGCUUCCCAAGCUGGGUGUUCAAAGCCACAUCCAGCAAAAACGGCAAAUACUACUGCCUGAGGAGGAUCGAAGGUUAUAGGUUGACCAGUGAGCAUGCGAUCCAUGCUGCGAAGGAGUGGAAGACGAUCGUAAACGCGAACAUCGUCCGGUUCCACGAGGCGUUCACCAGCAGGGAGUUCGGUGACAGCUCACUCAUAUUCUGCCACGACUACCAUCCCUUGUCGAAGACGCUCGCCGAGCACCACUUCCCCGCGGUGCCGGCCAAUCGGUAUCGUACCGCGCCGACAGCCGUCCCCGAGAACGUUCUCUGGGGAUACAUCUGUCAGAUCGCGAAUGCGCUUAGAUCGAUCCACUCGGCCAAAUUAGCUGCCCGAUGUGUCGAGCUCAGCAAGAUAAUCCUGACGGACAAGAACCGCAUCCGGUUGGCCGCGUGCUCCAUCUUGGAUGUGGUGCAGUACGAGCCAAACCCCCGGCCUAUUGCGGAAUUUCAGCAGGAAGACUUUGUCCAAUUUGGAAAGGUUAUGCUCUCUCUGGCCACGUCGACGCUUCCGGUCCACAUCAACAACGUAUCCGCGGCCGUCGAGUCCCUCUCUGCCAAGUACUCUGACGGACUGAAAGACGUCAUCGCCUGGCUUGUCUCUGCCCCGAAGCCGGGCGACAACUCUAAGAACAUCGAUAACUUCAUGAGGGGUAUCACCGCGCACAUGGUGCAAUACAGCGAUCUCGCGCUGCAGGCGGCCGAUGGUAUCACCUCGGACCUCUACCGGGAGGUCGAGAAUGGCAGGCUCGUGCGCCUCCUGUGCAAACUGGGGACGAUCAAUGAGCGGGGCGAGUUUGCGGGGGACCCGAACUGGUCGGAACACGGAGAGCGAUACCCACUGAAGCUCUUCCGUGACUAUGUCUUCCACCAGGUUGACCAGGACGGGAAUCCGCGUCUGAAUCUAGGCCACAUGAUGGCCUGUAUGAACAAGCUCGACGCGGCGUCCGAGGAGAGGGUUUACCUGACGAGCCGUGAUGGCCAGGACGCGUUUAUCCUCACGUUCAAGGAGCUGAAGCAGAUGAUUGAGCGCGCGUUUAAUGAACUCGCGAAGCAAAGUAAGCAAGGAGCUCCCGGGGCCUGA